UUGAACGGACCAAUAGCAGCAGGGGGCUGGGCUUGUGGAGACUUUCCGAGUUUGUGAGAGAGUUGAAAGAAAGAAGAAAGAGACGUUGCUGAAGCUAGCUCGCAGGCUAGCUGAAUGUCCUACCGUGUCGCAGAUGUGUCGGAAGCAACGGGAAAGGACGGAAUGUGGGGGGUUGGAUAUAUAAAGCUGGGAAUGGGGUUGUUUGUAAGUAACGCGGUUAUUGGACCGAUUGGUUCGGUGACAGUGGAGGCAGCGCUGACCGAGAGCCGGCUGCCUUGUGUAGGAGUGAACAACCAGAGCUAUUUCUGUGAUUCGGGCCACUGCUGUGGAGAAUCUCAGUGUUGCAGCUAUUACUACGAGGUGUGGUGGUUUUGGUUGGUUCUGACUCUCAUCAUCAUUCUGGGCUGCUGCUGUGUGUGUCACCACCGUCGAGCCAAACACAGACUGCAACAACAGCAGCGGCAGCAUGAGAUCAACCUCAUCGCUUACAGAGAAGCCCAUAAUUACACAUCUCUACCCUUUUAUUUCAGGUUCCUGCCUGGCUACCUCUUACCCGCAUAUGAGGAAGUCGAGAACAGACCUCCGACGCCCCCGCCUCCGUACAGUGCCUCUCAGCCGGGCCAGUCCACCAGCACUGACCCCCUGUGCUCUGAACAACCAGAUGAGCUCUGCCCUCCACUGGAGUCCAGCCCCGUCAUCCCAUCUGCAUCUGACAACUGUUCCCCGCGACCCUGCGUAGAGCAGUCAUGUACUCUCACUGUACACCGCCCUGUCAGAAACACCCACAAACCACAGUACCUCAGCCGAGAAGAGGACGGGCAGCCCGAGCAGGUGGCGUGCGCUACCUCACACAGCCCGGUCAAACAGGGCAGCUUCGGCGAGGAUCUGACUGAACCCGUAGAAGACUGUUCUCCCGAAAGCAAAGAAAAGACUCCAGGACGCCACCGGCGCUUCACAGGUGACUCUGGGAUUGAGGUAUGCGUUUGCAACCAGGGGCCCGGGAAUGGAGAGGAAGAGGAGGAGAUGAAAGAGCUUGUGGGGCACAUGGAUGGAGGGGUGCUCGAGCAGCAGGACUUCUGUGAUAGCUGCAACCCCCGCAGCAGCAGCCACCCUCCUCGUGGUCCGGGGGAUGAGGAACAGGGCCUGGCUGCCUCAGAUGUGCCUCUAGAGCAAAGAGAGCAUCAACGACCUCCAGUCUGCCUCCAUCUGCACACCAUCAACGAACAGGACGGUCCACAUCACGCCAAUAACACGGACCCCCAGAGUUGAGCACAACUGGUUCCAGCAGAGACUUACUUUAGACUGCUGUCUCCCUUUACUUUCUCAAGAUACAUCAGUUUGUACUGUCAGCAAUGUCACUUUGGGUGUGUGUGUGAGAGUGAGAGAGCGUUUUAAAAGGGCGUUAAUGUGUGAGUCCUUACGGUUUUUAUGGAUUAAUAGGGUAAUCUAGUAAAGACGUUAAUAGGUCUGUUGCCUCACAGGGAGGUCAUAAUCAAAGCCACAGGGGAAAUUCUUCCCAGUUUAUAGCCUUAUCGAGCUCUGAGUGACAUGCCUGUAGGCUUUUUGUUGGUUUUUGAGGGCUGAUUGCCUCCACCUGAGAUGAAGAUGGCACUCAAGGUUGGGGGAUACUGAUUUGUGCUGGCUUUUGUUCCUGAAUUCUUACCUUUUAAUAACAUUUUAAAAUACUUAAAGGGACAGUUCACCCAAAAAUGAAAGAUCUGUCAUUAUUUAGUCACCCUCAUGGCAUUCCAAACGCACAAGACUUUGGUUUAUCUUUAAAACACAAAGAUAUUUUUAAUAAAACCCGAGAGAUCCAUUUAAAAAAAUUUAUUCCACUAAAAG